AUGUUGGAAAAUGGCGUUGGAAACGGCCAUUUGGCAGGGGUUGAAUCGAUUGUCAAAGAAUUCGACGUUGACAAAGAAAAGGCCCAAGAAAUUACCAACUAUUUCGUCCAACAGAUGAAACAUGGUUUGAAAGCCAAGCAUUCUUAUCAGAUACCUUCUUUUGUCACAGAGAUACCAACAGGGCGUGAAAAAGGGUUGGUACUUGCUGUUGACCUGGGAGGUACUAACUGUAGAGUUUGUGCUGUUGAGCUACAUGGAGACUCAUCCUUUGAUGUGUUUCAAAGAAAACACAUUGUACCUGCCGAGCUACGUGUGAACGAUAGCCAUAAACCUUUAUUUCAGUUUAUCGCAUCCAAGAUAAAAGAGUUUCUAGAAGAAUAUGAGUCGCAGGGUAGCAGGGAAGGAUCUUCUCAGGGAAUCUUCAACCUCGGAUUCACAUUCAGCUUUACUUGCGAACAAACGUCAAUAUCUCGGGGUACGCUUGUUCACUGGGAUAAAGGAUGGGACAUCCCAAGCGCCAUAGACCAAGACCCUUGCUCUUUGCUACAAGAAGCGAUUGAUGAAACAGGGUUGCCAGUACGAGUUUGCGUCUUGGCAAAUGAUGCAGUCGGCACACUCCUGACUAAAGCAUACACAGCUGAAAAAUCGAGUUCUGCUCUGGCAGCUAUUAUUCUGGGCACGGGAACUAACGCUGCCUAUGUUGAGGACAUAACGAAUAUCCAGAGACUGGGAACCGACGAAAACAGGACAGAGAAACACAAUGGCGGCGUUAUGGUCAUCAACACUGAAUGGGGCUCCUGGGACGAUGAUCUAAAGGUUCUUCCUCAGACUCGAUUUGACAAGCUGAUCGACGAGAACUCUUCUGAUCCUGGGUGCGGAUUGCUGGAGAAGAUGGUCUCUGGCAUGUAUCUCGGAGAAUUGCUACGUUUGAUCAUACUGGAAUUGGUUGUGGGUGGAAGUCUGAGCAUCACAUUUGCAGAGGAUAGCCCCAUACAUCGUUUCACGGGUAUUGAAACAUCGUUUCUCACCAAGAUCACAGCUUUCGCACCGGAAGACACGGAAGGGACCUUGAACUAUAUGAAAGCAACCUUGGCUGUAAAGGACGCCACUAUAGAAGAGAUGCGAAGGAUUCAAACUCUUGCAAAAGCCAUCAUCACACGAUCUGCUCGCCUGGUCGGCGCAGGUCUCGCGGCAAUCAUCAUUCAAUCCGGAAGACUACAGUCAAGAAGCACAACUCCGAAGACAACCACGACAGCACAAACACAAGAGAUUGCUCAAAAGUCCGUUAAACAACAAAAAGGUAGCACGAUAUCGUCACUGGCCAAAUUUAUCAGAAGCAUAUUUGGCUGUAUGCGACCUGAAGACGACACCAGCAUCCCAGUUGUCAAGUCACCUUAUGGCUCCGAAGAGGUCAUCGAAUCCACGAUACUGGUAGAUGAGGACAUCAAUAUCGCUGUCGAUGGUUCUCUGUUUGAGUAUCACGCCGAGUUUGAAGAGUUGAUGCGCAGUGCACUACGCGAUGUCGCCGAGAUUGGGAACGCAAAUGAGAGGAGGAUAAAGAUAGAGCUCACUAAGGAUGGAUCAGGUACGGGUGCUGCGCUCAUUGCGGCUGUAGCUGGAGAUGCAGAAAAUCAUCAUACAUAG